AUGGGAAACACGGUGGAUUGCUUCAGCUGUUUUGAUAUCCCAGGUCUGGUAAUAACCGUCAAAACUGGAGACACGAAAGGUGGUGGAUUGCACAAUACAGCUUAUUUGACGAUCAUUGACGAAAAAGGAAAUAGAUCUCAAGAAUUAUGCCUGACAGGGUGUUGUGUUACGGUGUUCAAGAAAGGCCACACGGAUACUUUUAAGAUCUGCGAGCCAGUGAAAAUCGGACGCUUUUGCAAAAUCGAAUUCGUCCGACGGGAUACAACGGGUCGUAGAAAUUAUGUAGAAUGGUUCAUUGAAACGAUUGAAAUUCGACGCUAUACCGCAGGAGACUACGAAGAUUUUAUAUUUCCAUGCCAUCGAUGGAUAAAGAACAAACAACCCUUAAUUUUAAGGAUGUUUGAUAGCACCUUACCUCAGUUUGAUGUUGAGACUGAGCAAAGGGAAACGGAAUUAUUUUGGAAAAGAACUAUGUAUCGAUAUUACAGAAGACGACCUGGAAUUCCGCCUCAGGUGAGACAUGGGAUACUACUAAUCAAGUCUUCGUUAAUUAACUCGCAAAAUUCAAUACUUGCAAGCCAUGGCUUCAUAUACCCAUUUAAUGAUAGGUCUCGGUGCGCGUCCCGGGAGAAAAAAAAAAUUAGCUUGAGCUUAGUAAGUUUUCGAGGAAAGAUUCCAUGCAAAUUGGAAAGCUUCAGAAUGAGAAGUAAUAUGAUCUUAAUUGCACAAAGGCACUGUGAUUACUUAUUAGUCAAACCGAGUGCAAAAUGUUUUAAAGAGAGAAAUUUUCGAAGUCUGGUUGGCUGUUGCCUAAACUUGUUGGAAAGCUGCCAUCUUUAAAAGGACGAACUCCUGCAUAGAAAAUGGCCAUAUGUAGGUACAAUGUAAUUAACCUAGGAACAGGAAAAAACGGAAUUUCAUAGGAGACUUUUCAAAAUUAUUAAUUUUUUUCCAAGUUGUGCUGAUCACAGAUCACCAGCGAUACAUUUCAGCAAAUAUUUGACCGUUGGAAAUCUUUCACGAGUUGACCUGUCAUUCGGUGUUGAUUUGCGUGCGUCUUUGCAAUUGAGCUUCGCGUCUUUUUUUUUUUAAAUCUUCCGCAAUCAGGAGUUAACGCCAUAAGCACGCCAGGAAUUGAAAGGCAUGCGUAGCAUCAUCUUCGCAAAAGAAGAGUUUUCCCCGUUGUUAAGGACUGAGGUUUACUUCAAGGCAGAAAUUUUUUUUAAGAAAAUUUAGUAAUUUUAGAGCUAGGUCGGAAAAAUCGAUGGGGUUCAAUUACCAUGUUGGGUUGUUCGGAGAUGUUGACGCAGUUUUUUUUAAAGAGCUAUCACAGUUCAGGGCCAGUUUGUAAUCAUUUUCCGGAGUCGUAAGAAAAAACGAAAUAUCCUCUGCAUAUUGCAAAGGCUACCGCUUUAUAGUGUCGUUAGUCUGUUUAUUACUGAAUUUAUACCAACGUAUACAUGUUAUACCAUAUACAUACCAGAAGUACGCUAAUGGUACUUUGUCUUUUGCCUUUUUCAGAUAAGCUUCUGCCCGAAAGAAGAGGUUUUUAGCUGCAAUCAUCAGGUUAGUACCAGCUCGCAGUUACCACCGCAAUAUCACCUUUAGCGCAGCUAAGGUCGGUUUGUCGCUUAAAACUCAGAAAAAAUGGUAACUUCUGAAUUUGCAUAAAUUAGUUGUGCUAAAACAGUGGAUAGAUUUGAAGGCGCACCCUGAUUGGCUACUUAAACUCCGAAUAUUCUUUGCUAUUUCUCUCCGAGCAACGCGUGCGGGAUUUGCGCCCUAAAAUAUUGUAAUAGCUGCAGUAAUCAAUGAGUUAAAAUCAUCUUUUUUUCCGUGUUAUAUCACUUAUUUUAAUACGAUAACAACUACUCACCUCAGUGUCGGUGGAGUCGCGGUGGAUAUUUACCUCGCUGCUUCGCAAUUCGGUAAAUAUCCACCACUCACCGCCUCCACUUCGGUAAAUUAAUGUUUUUUAAUUAGUAUAUACCACACAAGUGGAUACUGCUUUUCGCACGCGCUGAUUUGCUGGUUAGGAAGUGAUAAGUAGGCACUAUUUACUUCCGAGCAGACGGAGAAACAAAAUCGCGCGUCAUCAGUGAAUAAUUAUUAAAUAAUCUACAUUUUAAAACCAUUCCCCAAGCCUGCGCAUCUUUUUCUCAGACUAGUUUUGUGUAUGUUUGGUCGCGUCAUGCUAACUUUAAAUAAAGUCAAUCCGUACCAAAGAUUUCAUCUCCUCUCAGUGCUCAAAUCAGUUCUCGGCCGAGGUCCACGAUGAAGUUUCUUGUUGUUCUAGAUGCAACUUCUGUUAUUUUCGCGGUCCAACUAACUUCUCGUGAGUCUCUGAGGUCACAGUUUUGUCUGACUCACCUAGAAAACUAAAUCAGAGAUAAAUGCAAAAGGUUUUUCUCGUAUAGCGACGAGAUCAAUCAAACGAACAGUUUCUGAAAGUAAAGGUGGUAGUUUCUAAGAAACUGUGGUGCUGCGUUGGUGGGAGAGAACAACAAGGUAAUUUGGUAUUAUCAACUGAGUUGAUAACGUAAUUUGGCCACUGUAAAGAGUUUGAAAGCUGACGUUUUGUGUGUUAGCCCCCAGUCUUCCGCUCUGACUAAGGGCUAAGGCUCGAAAUGGCAGCUUUCAAACUCUGAACGGUGGCAAAUUAACGUUAUCAGGGUAAGUUGAAAACGUAAAUUGGCCACCGGAAAAGGUUUAAAAGGCUGAGGUUUCGAGCGUUAGCCCUUUGUCUAAGCCGCUAUCCACCCAUUUGUGAGAGUAACUACAGGUGACUCCGUGGCACAAUGGUAGCGCGUCUGACUCCAGAUCAGAAGGCUGCGUGUUCGAGUCACGUCGGGGUCAUGGUUUCAGAUUUUUCUUUUUUAGAAAUCACUUCUGAAGUCGAUGUGCUGUUGCCAGACGAGAACGCAGAUCAAUGUCAGUAUCUGAGCAUCUAUACACCUACCAUUCCCCUAACCCAGCAUUAACCCUAACCUUUUUUUUUCAGUUUACUGUUUUCGGGUCAGGGGAGUGAUCGGUGCAGUUGCUCAGAUAUUGACAUUGAUCCGAGAAUGGUAUUUAUGACAGACAAUGCAUCAUAGACGACAUAAAUGUCUUUGUUGCUUGUAAAGAAUACUUGUCUAUAUAUCAGGACAGAUAAACUAUAGGAGAACAGGCAGAAAAGGCUAGCCUUUUGAAACGGAGUAUCACUUUGGUAAUUAAGUAUUACUUCAUUGGAAAAUAUGGCAGCCUCAUUCCCGGCAUGCACCUGAAACUUGCCCUGAGGCUUAAAACGAGGCUGAACGCCAAACCAAGGCCUGUUAACAAUUAUCCGAAUUCUCAUUCUAAAUUUGCUUUAUUCAACUUCAAAAGAGUUUACAACUAACGUCAUUUAAUGAUGAUUUGCAGCCUUUGCGUUUAUCCGGUUCCAAUGAGCACGCGCAGAUUUCUAUUGCCUUCAGGAAGUCGCGCGAUUAUCACAAACAUACGAGGAGUUUUAUUCUGUUAAGCAAGUGACAUUUUUAAAAAGCAGAAAAGACAGCACUGACAUUAAUAACUUAGAUGUCAAUUCCAACCACGAUACUUACUCAAAUUUUAAUCGAUCGACUUAAAGAAUUAAAUCCGCAUCUCUCAACGCCCCUCCCCCCCCAAAAAAACCAAAACAAAAACAAAACAAAAAACAAAUGAGCAAAUUUGGCGUUGAAACUCAUCAUUCUAGAGUACGUUUCGAGGAGAUGAAUAGCUCUUUGGAACACACAGGUUUUAAGUCUUUGUCCCAGAAUUCAUACGCUAAAGACUGAUUAGCAUUUUAUGUGUUUCAACUAGGGAGAGAGGAAACUUAUACCCCAUUCACACCAGCAAAACAUGUUUUGUUAAACUGGUUUUCAUUUAAUGAAAAUUAUAAACAGAGAACUGAAAAACUUGAUUUUCCAUUGGAUUCAAGUACUUGCUAACUUGUAUUUCCAAUGUGCUACAUUCAAGUCAAAAAUAUUCGGUUAAAUAGUUUCUAUGAAGAAAAAAAAAUUAAACUGUGUUUAACAAAACAACUUUUAAACAUGUUUAAGCUUUGGUGUGAAUGGGGCAUUAGUUGAUUAAGAAAAUUAGUUGAUAAAAAUACUCCACCCCCGGUGGGACUCGAACCCACAACCUUUGAAUUAGAAGUCCAACACGCUAGUCCAUUGCGCCACGGGGGCUUCACAUACUACCUAGUGAUUAAUUUAAAUCUUGUUUCACCUAAUUCCUUUUUUUUUCACUCAGUUUGCCUCUUAUUUAGCCUUGACCAAAACAUUACCUAGUUCCCUUUCAAUAUCUUCACGGUUUAUGCAUCGUAAACGGAAAACAUUUACUGGUUGAAAUACCUGUUCUAUGAUGCUUCGAUCUCAAACGUAGUGUUCCAUGCUAAAAAAAUGGCAUUCCACAGUGUCUUACGAGAAGCUUUUAUCAGUACUUUAACUAAACACUGAGAUCACUUUAAAACGACAGAUGUCGAUAUCGAUUGUGAAUCUGCCUGAUCCUCUUUAUUUCUCUUUUUCGGGGUCCUCAAAAACGAUCUCAAGAACAUCAUAACAAAUGGCAAUUUACACCAAUCUAAUUUCCUCUUCAUUUUCAGUGGGAUAUCAUUGUGAGGCGAUCUAGUUUAGUCAACGCUUUCAAUCUGCCAGACUACGGCUAUGAACCUUGGAACUCGCUUCAUGACUUUGACGAAAUUUUUGACAGAAAAUUUGGCAAACCAGCGGUAGGUUGAUUGUUUGCGGUUAAGGUGAAUGAUCAUUGUUAUACAGAGUUACAGCACAAGCUGAAUAUUCAUAUCAUCCGUUGUACGAAAUCGUUUGUUAUUCUACGGUAGUGCUGACGAGUCUAUUGAAUUUAUCAGAGAAGAAAAAGAUUAAGAAAAAUUAACGUAUAGACGACAAGCAAAAAAAUAAAAAACUGCCACUUAGUCAGAUGGAAAUGAAUAAAAGAAUGAAGGUGUAUGAAGAUUUGCACUAAAUAAUCCAAAAGGUGAAGCAGUGAUUAUGUAACUGUGCAAACAUUUCCCAUGAAGCCAUUGGGUCUUAUCAUUCAUGUUUUUGCAAUCGAGAGUGACUUAAUUUCAAGUUUCCUGAAAUUUCCUGGAAGAAUAUUUGAUAAGAAAAUUCUUUAAUUCAAUCAUAAUCUUGCCUGUCGUUUACCUCCUUUUUCUUCUUCUUUUUUCUCUCUCUCUUUUUUCCCCUCAGGGACGUAACUAUUGGAGAGAUGAUGUGCAUUUCGCUCGACAGAGAUUGUGUGGCUGUAAUCCAACGCUCAUUCGUCUUUGCACCAAAGUACCUGACAAGUGAGUCUGUGUUUUGAGAUUCGUUGCAUGAAAUUCUGACUAAAGCUUCUUAAUAAACCCUUCAUAAAUGCUUGCAAAACACGCCCACCUUAUACUUCGAUAUGCCUAUGUUUCAGUAAGCAGUUUGUUUCCUAUAUAAAGAAAAUGCUUUCUCGUAGGCUUGCUGUUACGUCAGCGAUGCUAGAGCCAUUUCUUGAGGGACAAACGUUGGAAAUGGCGUUGGAAGCAAACAGGAUCUUUAUUGUCGAUUUAGAAAUCUUGGCCCGGUUAGAAUUAGAUGAGUCAAGAAAGGUUAGUUUUAUUGUUCGUAUAAAAUAACGGUGAUAAGACCAACCCCCUGAUUGGUCAAAAACCUAUCGGUCAUUGCACCGCCAAACACAUAGAAAAUUGAGGUUUAUCUUAUAAAAGCAACAGAUCACACUUUUCAUCGCUUUACCGGCGUAAUGUUCGGAGAACACUAGUCUCCGGCUCGUGGUUUACAAACUUUUAUUGUGUUUCUCCCAACAUCCCAAGUGGGUUAUAAUUUCGGUAAACUGAGGAAAAUAGCUGUCUUUUGCUUUUAUCGCUAGAUCUUUUUCGGGUUUUUAAAAGAUACGUGGUGCGAUUCAAGAACGAGUUAGAAAAAGAGGAAAAAAGGAAAACAAAACAAAGUAAAUUGAAUCAAAACAAAUUACAAAGGUGCCAAUUCCUACUAAGAUACUUACAAAAUUUCGUACGAUCUUUUUAAAACAUCUGCAUCGACGCCAAAACAAAAAAACGAACAAACCAAAAAAAGUAUUUGAAAUUCUUCAUUUUGGAGUGAAUUUUGCGGAGAGUAAUAGUUCUAUAAGAACACAAAACUGUAAGUUCACAGAGUUCAUAAGCUAAAGACCGACUGACCGGCACUUUUCCUGCUUCAACAAUAAAAAGAACUUAAUGUUUGAGGCAAUAAAAAUACUCCACCCCCGGUGGGACUCGAACCCACAACCUUUGAAUUAGAAGUCCAACACGCUAAUCCAUUGCGCCACGGGGGCUUCACAAUCGAUUAGUUAGGUUUGAAACUGUUUAAUGUGGCAAAUUAUAUUAUCAACUCAGUUGAUAAAACCAAAUUAUCAUUUUGGAAUAGUUUGAUUUCUCCAUGGAUCUCUUUAGGUUGUGUCUCCAAUGGCACUGUUCUUCCUGAGUCCAUCGAAGUGUUAUCUUGUUCCUAUCGCCAUCCAGCUCUAUCAGGAGAGAGGAGAGGAUAAUCCGGUAUGAAUAUCCAGUCAGUAUUUUGCAGUUAUAAAUAUCGCGAAAAACACCAACGCUAAGUAUCUCACCUUGCAUUAUCAACACUAAACAGAUUUAACGCGAUUUUCAUCGUCGUUUAGGAUAUUUUCCUGCUUAUUUGUCGCUUCUUUUGAGAAACUCAGUGCCAUAUGUGAAUACGCACGCAACACUGAAACAUUGAGUGUCUCUCGAGCUAUUUAACAAUCAGAGAAGCCUUGACUGUGCUCUGUUCCGUUGUACAGCACGCAGGAAGCUGUUCGAGCACGAAAGAAGUGUAGAGAGAAACACGAGACGUAGUCGAGUGCCUCUCCCCACUUCUUGAGUGUUCUAACCGCUUCCUAAGUGCUUUACAAUUAUAUUACUUAUCAUUUUUGUUCAUUUAUUAAUUGUAUUUUUUUUUUGGCAAAUAUAUAUUUAAUUUCUCGGCUAGGUUUUCCUUCCCAGCGAUCCUUGGUACACCUGGGUGCUAGCAAAGAUGUGGUUCAACAACGCUGAUGCGCAGUAUCACAGAGCAUGCGUAUUGCUAGGUACUGAUACAACAUGCGCGAUCUAAAUUGAACGUGACUUCGUUUGCUAUAUAAAAUGACAUUUUAUCUUGAACAACUGUGCUCAGACCGGUAUAGCAAUGUACAUAAACAAGUCUAAAAACUUGUAGGUACCAUUAACGCACAGAUAAGAGGAUGCAGUGUUCUGAAAUUUCGGGUUCAAGCCUGGCCAAGUCAUUCUGAUUGAGUUUUUCAAAAAGAGGCUUUCCGAUCCAAGAGUGUACCAUCCCUUGCUAAGCCCACGAUAGUAAAUGGGUUUCACAGAACACUCUAAAAACGGUCACUAAUUAUUGUCUGGGGGAAGGAAGGAGGGGUCGGAGGAUUUUGCUUAUUUCGUGUCACAGUAAAAUUACCUAGUCCCCCCCAUAUGGCUAUAUUCCCCCUUUAAAUCCUCCAACUCCAUGAUCGUUCCCUAAAAACCCUCUGGGAAAAGAUCCAGCAUUUAUUGCGUUCAUUUUCCUUCUCUCAAGUUUUCCCUGACUGCCACAACAGACGAUAGGAGAAAAUCAUAACUCUGUGUAAUUCUCGCACAAACAUGACCUAGAUAUUCUUAAAUUGAGAAAAUAUCAUCCAUUUAAAAUUAAUUAACUCCAGUAAGGGAUUUCUCUUGGUCUACUUCUGCUAAUAAUAGUUGUCUCAGAGCAACCACAACUACAACAUCAACAGCAGCACAUAACUCCUUCACUUACAGUUUGGUUGUGCUGUUCAUUUUUUUCUCUUCUUUUCUGAAGGAUACACCCAUCUUCUUUUGGAAGCAGUUUCCAUAGCAACACAUCGUCAGCUUUCUCCUUCACAUCCGAUCUAUAGAUUACUAGCACCGUACUUACGUCACGUGAUUCCCGUGAACUGGUAAGUUUUUGACAUCGGUGAUACUUUUACAGAACGUUAACGGGUUUAGGUCGGUUUAAGGAUCUAACUAUUAACAUUCGAUCGAUAAAAAGUUUUCUUGAUUAAUUUCCCAGAGAUAUUUCUUUAGAACUGUAGAUUUUUUUUUUUUAUUAUUCUGGAUUUGAACCUAUGAUGGAGGCCAGGGCUUAAUAUGAUGGGAUAAAUGGCCAACGAAAAAGGCUUUGGAAGAGACUUCAAAACUCUCUAAACUGAAAAAUAUAAAAGUAACCACUGACCCCGACGUGACUCGAACACGCAGCCUUCUGAUCUGGAGUCAGACGCGCUACCAUUGCGCCACGGAGUCAACUGACUUUAGGAUUGGUACGUCUUAUUAAUCUAACCACAAUAUAGCGUUAACAACCUUUUGCGUUAAUAUAAUAAUUUAUUAAGUGCAAAGCACGAAGCAGUUAGGUUCAAAGUUUGGGUUUCUUUUGUUUAGUUUCUUUGGUUGGCCUAAGCUUAGUUGUGGAGAUUUCUCAGUACGCCCUUCAUCAACUAUCUUAUUCACUCUUCCACUCAUAGUUUCGAAGUAAACGAAUUGCUCGCCCCAGGUUCUUGGAUUGACAGCGCGACAACUCUCGGAACGAAGGGCACCCAGGAUCUUAUAGCCUUAGGGUAGGUGCCUUGUGGCUCACUUUCUACACUGGUGAAUAAGCCCGCAUAUUUAACUAGCGAGGGUUUUCAAAGCACUUUCCUAGCUUAUGUAUUAUAUUUGCUCAUGGUUCUCUUUGCAUUUCUAAAAACUGUCAGGUCGGACCAUCUUGUUUGCAAGGUAAACGGGGAAGUUCUAAGAACUGAUCUCAAAUUUUCAUCUGAAUCGAUCCUUUGCUUAAAUAGAAUCAGUCAGUUGUCAAGAUCCUAGUUGGCCUCAUUGCAAAAUUGGAGGGAAAUUUGAAUGAGGACGAUGGUGAAAACAGUUCCCAAUCCUUUUAGCAUUCUCGCGUAAUGUAGUGAAUUUCUUUGUUCGGAAAACCGGCAAAACCAAUCUUAUGAUGUCGAGCAGACCUUGUAUAUGACAAGCGACCAUAGCUUAUGAUUUAUCAAACUGUUCCAAAAGUCUCGAAGCUACUUAUCUUAAAUAUAAAUAUAUCUUACUUUUUUUUGAUUGAUCAGUUGGCAAGAUUGGAGAAUGGAUGUGCAUGGCACUCUACCGGCGGACCUUGAGCAAAGAGGAGUAAGUUCAUAUAAAACUUGUUCAGUUUUCAUCGAAGUGUAAAGAACAAAAACAAUAUACAACUUAGGGAUCGAAGUUUACCGCAGACCACAAACCACAGCUUCAAAUUUGCCAUUCGCAGUCGCACACCUCUUUCGUCAAUUAAGAAUCGUAUUGGUUUGAUGCAUGGCGACAUGGAAAUCAAGUAAUGGAUUGAUUCGAUGUCAUUUUAAAUCUUUCUCAGCAUUCUCGUCCAUCUAGUUCGACUGCGUCAAUAUCUACUUAGUCCUCGGGUUUUUCUGGAUUCUUCGUAACAACCUCCAUUAAUAAGAAACUGUCAUGACCAGAAGCAUAUAUCUAGGUUAUAGGCCCUUUUACCAAUCUGAUUGGCCAAUUUGCCGUUGUCGAUAGGAGUACGGACAACGCUGCUCGCGUCAACGUGUCACGCAAUGGUCACGCACUGAAAGAAUCGUCAGUUUACUCAGUUGACGUCGAUAUCGUGGUAAAAGAAAAUCGACAGUGGUUCGGCGUGACCUGUACUCUUGACAACAACAAUAUUCGCAAUCAUAGUGGUCAAAAUUUGUGACAGACUCACUCGGCUAGCUGCGCCUCGUGAGUCCACAACAUUUUAACGAAUAUCUUUUUCGAUAAUGGUUCAGACCACGCUAGACCUUUGUCGAUUUGUAUGGCCAACUAAAAGGUGCCAUGACAAAGUCAAUGAUAACAAUGACAAUAAUGAAAAUAGACAAAAAAAAGUUGAAAGAUAAAAAAAAAAACAACAACAACAACAACAAAAGCAAGUAUAUCUGGAGACUCAAUUAAAUCAGUGUAAAGUGAUCGAAGUUCCAAACAAACUUGAUCAAACCAAACGCGUUUCUGAAAACAAAUCUCUCCAUUGCCAGAAAUUUAUCAUUCCAUACAUCGAUCUUUCUUGAAACUGGAAGAUCUGGAUCUUAGAUCUGUCUCUAUAUAUCAUCAGAUAAUCACUGUAAUAAAAGAAAAAAAAAUCCUUUAUUGUUAUGGUAACAGGUGGCUGAUCCUUCAGUACUGCCAGAUUAUCCUUACCGAGAUGAUGGCCUCAUGUUGUAUAAUGCCAUCAACAAGUACGUCACUUCAAUUGUGGAGGCGAGAUAUGGUAAGGAAAAUCAUUGAUCCUUAUGCGCGUUAUUUUCUUAAUACAGUAUUAGCAGGAAAAAGGUCGCGGACCCUAUAGAAAUCUCGUUACUCUUUUAAAGGGCAAAUUAAAACUGCAUUUAAGAAUUAAAUUGGGUGUUAGUCAUAAACUAUGUGUUAGUUAUAAAAUAAAUUCGAGUUAAUAUUCGACAUAAGUUCUUGUAUUUCUUCUACAUAUGUGUAAAUGGUCUCUUAUCAUACCUAUUAGAAUGUAAAUUCAUCAAUAAGUUUUUGCUGCUGAAUUGCACCGUUAGCCAAGACUCUCUGAGCACUGCCGAAAAAGCAUAGCGCAUUUACAUUACCAAUUGGAAUUUAUAACGCCAUACAUCGAUCUUUCUUGAAUCUGAAACCUGACUGUUAAGAAGUCGCUCCUCACCUUUUUCUGUGGACCUUCAAAAAUUUUCGUUAAAUUUGAUUAUAACCAGAUGAAGAAGAAACACUAACAGACGAUUAUGAGCUUCAGGCUUGGGGACUGGAGCUAGUGGCAGAUGGAAAUCCCGGGUGCGGUAUAAAGGUCAGUUAAAUUGACUCACAUUGAUUGGUAAUCAGAUUCUUUGUAUUUGCUAUUUUGUUGAACUGAUUUAAUUCUUUCAUUUAAGGGGAAAAUUCUGCUUGUUGUUAUCAUUGUUUUUGUUGAUGUAUUUGUUAGUUAUUCCAAUACCAACUUCAUGAAGGCUCUUCAAUGUAACUUCUCAAACUCAUUAAUAAUUCAUGCUGAGAAAACAAAGGAAAUUGUAACCGUGAAAGAGGUCUGGAUAUGAGAUCUUAAUUAUCAUAAAAUUUGGUGAACUUUUGCUUUGAUUUUCUCCAAGAAUUGUUAAUACAUGGUUUGAGAAGCUAUAUAAAACAUUCGAAAGGGUGUUUCAUCUGAUAUCCAAACACCUUGAAGUUGGUUAAAAAAAACCUCGGCUGCGCCUCGUUUUUUCAACCACUUCUGGGUGUUUGGAUAUCGGAUACUCUUCCUCGUGUUUGAUAUAUUACUUGUAACAACAGAGCUCCUCUCCACCAAGUGGUAUAAAACAAAAACUGAAAGUGAUCCCAAUGACCAGUCAAGACAAAGGAAAUUAUCAGAAUUUAUUGAUAUCAACCGGCCACUGCUGACCUGGAAAAAAACUCAUGAUAAUAGCUUGAAGAAUCAAAUAAUUGAUGUUCAUUUCAGGGCGUGCCGGGUGAAGGCAGGUUCGAAACAACAGAACAGCUCUGCCAAACAUUAACAUCCAUAAUGUUCACCAGCACAGUUGGACAUGCCGCGGUUAACGUUUCUCAGUAUGACGAGUAUGCGUUUCUUCCAAAUUAUCCGGCCAUCUUGAAAGGACAACCGCCAAGAGAUAAGGUUGAUAUGUCUAUAUCUAAAACCCUCUUUCUCUGUAAGUUCUGUGCAGUUACCACGGGCAUAAGUAUUUAGGAAGCUGAGCAAGAUAUCAUUCCUAAACAUGAUACUUUGAUUUUUAAAUUUUGCAUAAGAGUUCUUAACCCCCACCCCCAUAGCCCCAACAAUGCUGCACAGCGGUAGGGUAGGUUAGAGAGAGACUCAAGAUCCUAUUGGGGUAAAGAGGAACGAGAGUGACCGCAUAUAGAGGAUCAGAAAGAAUCUCGAAAAUUGGACAACCUUUUACUUACUUUUUAUACUACUUCGGAUAGUAUGGUAAACCGCAACACCAGCUCUAAGUCGUUCCUGUAAAUUAAAGCUAAAAGUAAGUAUAAUAGAUAUUGCAUGCUAAAUUGUGCUAUCUACUCUCCUUUCCUUAGAAAUGGAGGGAAGAAAGAGACAUCUUGGCGUGUUUACCGGCAAAAAACAUCAGUUUGGAUAUCAUAGUUAUAAACAAGCUCCUUUCAGAGAGGCACACCAACGGUUUAGCUGAUUUUCACGCCAUGUACCAACAUGACCCAGUUGCCCAGAAAGCGAUUUCCAGGUAGCCCAAUUUAUUACUGUUGUUCUUGUUGUUCUAUUACGCACAGCUCAUCUAUGUGCAGAAUUCCCGAGGGUACACUCUUCUUUCUGCAUUUCCUAAAAAAGUUGACCAUAACAAUUUGUUUAACAAUCAAGAGCUUCUCCAGUUGGGAAUCAUUUAAUUUACCCUUGUGUUCGUAAUAUUUGAUUCACGGGUGAUAUUGUAAGGGGAGAUUAGAUGCUAAUAAUUAUCUCAUAGGGGUCAGGGGAUUAAGUAAUCCUCGGAAGAGUUUUGGAAGAAGGCAUUUUUUUUUAAAGAGUAAAGGGUUAGUUUUGCACCUUUGCUUGUACCCAGUGUCUCCUCAUUUGCAAGUGAGUAAAAUCAUGGAUGUAACGUUUAUGAUAUAUACAGGUUUCUAGACGAUUUGAAGUGUAUUGCAUUAACCAUAUUGGACAGAAACAAAAAGAGACAAGUGGUCUAUGAGUACCUGAACCCUACGAGAAGUUCGAACUGA